AUGUCUCUUUCCUUUCUUCCAGAGCUAUUUGAGUCUCAGAAGAAUGAUUUGAAAAAUGCAGGUCAACAUCACCGAACUAACCAUCGAAGUGAAACAACAAAUUGCGGGGGCUAUUUGAACACAAAAGACCUUACGCAUCUCGCUCGUACCUGCAAAUCCCUCCUCUUCUCGAUCGAUCCAUGCUAUGAGACAGUCAAAGUUGUCUCCAAGGAAGCAUUUUCAUUCGAUAACAUCAUCAGCAUUCGCAGUCAAGCAUCCAAAUGUAACAUCUCUACUAUAUCCAAUGAGCACCGCCAGGAAGCAAAGGCAAACAAGGCCGAUGGACCACAUGGGCAUGGCGCCCACAAGGAUGUAGUUCGUUCCGAUCCCUAUUAG